AUGAGUGAUAAUAAAAAUAGUAAUAAUCCACAAUCAUUAGAAAAUAAUAGUAAUAUUCAUAUGUAUCAACUACCAAAUGAAGAUGUAAAUGAGGCUAGAACAGGUAAAGGUUUUUUCGACAGAGAUAUUUCAAAGAUACCAUGUUUUAAACCAUCUUUACUUUAUGGCAUUGGUUCUGCAUUGGCAGUAACAUUGUUGACAUCAUUUUUCCCAUUAAAGGGUAGAUUAAAGUCACCAGAUUACGGUAUUAUUUCAUUUUUAAUUGUUUCAGGUGGUUAUUGGCCAAUAUGUAAUUAUAAUCAUAAUGUUCAAAAUAAAAAAAUUAAACAGUUAAUGGAUGCUCAAGUUGCAGAAAUGAACAGAAAAGAACAAGAAAAGUUAAAGAUGGCAGAGGAAUUAAAAAAACAAGAAAAUAAAUAA